AAAUAAUGUUUUAUUAUGUGUAUAACUGUUUUCCAUUGGUAUAUUUUACAGAAAGAUAAAAAUGCUCGCCCUCUGUCUCUGUCGGGUCAUGUUGGAUUUGACAGCUUACCCGAUCAGUUGGUCAACAAAUCCACAAAUCAAGGAUUCUGUUUCAAUAUUCUUUGUGUUGGUGAAACUGGUAUUGGGAAGUCAACACUAAUGGAUACCUUGUUUAAUACCAGCUUUGAGAACUUUGAAUCUUCGCAUUUUGAACCUAAAGUUAAGUUGAGAGCUCAAACGUACGAACUUAACGAGAGCAACGUCAGACUGAAACUGACAAUCGUCAACACAGUGGGAUUUGGAGACCAAAUGAAUAAACAGCAAAGCUACCAGCCUGUGGUCGACUACAUUGAUGCCCAGUUCGAGUCGUAUCUACAAGAGGAGUUGAAGAUUAAACGCUCUCUAUACAAUUACCAUGAUUCACGCAUCCACGUGUGCUUGUAUUUCAUUUCACCCACUGGUCAUUCUCUUAAGUCUUUGGAUUUAGUGACCAUGAAGAAGCUUGAUAGCAAGGUCAACAUCAUUCCAGUCAUUGCAAAGGCUGAUACCAUCUCAAAGAGUGAGCUGCAUAAGUUCAAAAUUAAAAUAAUGAGUGAGCUUGUGAGCAAUGGAGUCCAGAUCUACCAGUUCCCCAUCGAUGACGAGUCUGUGGCAAAAAUCAACUCAACCAUGAAUGGGCAUCUUCCAUUUGCUGUCGUUGGAAGCACAGAAGAGGUUAAAAUUGGCAAUAAAAUGGUGAAAGCAAGGCAGUAUCCUUGGGGUGUGGUGCAAGUGGAAAAUGAGAACCACUGUGAUUUUGUCAAACUCCGGGAAAUGCUGAUUUGUGUAAACAUGGAGGAUCUCCGGGAGCAAACUCAUACAAGACAUUAUGAGCUCUAUCGUCGAUGCAAGCUUGAAGAGAUGGGAUUCAAAGACACUGAUCCAGAAAACAAGCCAGUCAGCCUUCAAGAAACAUAUGAAAUUAAAAGACAAGAAUUUCUUUUGGAACUUCAGAGGAGAGAAGAUGAGAUGAGACAGACAUUUGUGCAAAGAGUCAAGGAGAAGGAGGCAGAACUCAAAGAAGCAGAGAGGGAGCUCCAAAACAAAUUUGAACACCUGAAGAGACUUCACCAGGAGGAAAGGAUGAAAUUGGAUGAAAAGAAAAAACUUUUGGAGGAUGAAAUUAAUGCUUUUAACAAGAGGAAAUCUGCAGCUGAACUUCUGCAAGCCCAGGCCUUCUCCAGUUCAUCUAGCAUGAACAUUAAAAGGGAUAAAGAUCGCAAGAACGACACUGCAUGUAGCAUGGAAUACUCGAUGAAAUGAAAACUGUCAGUUUCUCCCAUCGAAGUUGCUGUGUCUUGAUUGCUCUGGAUUCAUGUGAAGUCGAAGACGAAAAGAACAAAUACAUGAAGCAGCUGUAAUUCUCGUAUACCAGAAACGAGUCGUAUCGAAGUUGUAUAUUGUAUUUUUAUAUUGUAUUGUACACUGCCAGACACACCAGUACUGUCACUUCUCUGCUGUCUAUGUACAAUAUGGGGUUGGAUAUUGAAAGCACAACCCCAAGAACACGGCCAUAUUUUUAGGGAGGGAAUUCUAAGUGUUUUUUUUUUAACAAUGGAGAGUCCAGGGGUUGGCAUUAGCUGCAAAUGCAUGCACUUCUGGAGGCCAACUUUUUCUUGUUAAACUUUUACAGUAUGGACAGAGGGUCAAGUUGAACAAAAUCUAACAUCAAGAGUAUGAAAGAAGAGUUAAAAAAAAAUUAUUCAUACCACCAUCUUAUUUUUACACGCACUCUAGCAUUGAUCACCAGUUGCCUUGCAAACUUAACGUGCCUUAUAACUAUUAUAUUCAUUUUAAUAGCAAAUUAAGUUAAAAGGGAGGAAAAUUUUCAUCUUAUUUUGUUUACAUGCCACUUGUUACUUGGUGAAAAUAUAUACCAACAUCAGUAUUUAAUUUUUU